GCCACCAUUUUGGAUUGCACCACCCACACCACUGGGUUGCUAAGCUGACUAUCUCGCUUAGCUUAGCAGCUUAAUCAAAUCCCAGUAGUGACUACUUUCCCUUGUCACUGUAGCUAGAGUUCCAGAGCUCUUCCUCAUCUUCUCGUCCAAAACUCCAGAUUUUUGUUCUUCGCGAGAGCUUGGAGAUUUUCUCCAGAGGAAGAGGAUCCAUGGCUUCUACUUGCGCAGCAGCGUCUUCUUCCUGCAUCGUCGCGGGGCUUCCCAGCAUCAAGAGCUCGAGCAGCAAGAGAUCUGUGGUCGGUUUCUCUGGAUUCCGAGUCGCCAACAAGCUCGACGGCCUCUCAGCAGCAGCUCGGUGCUCCAGUUUCGAGAGCAAGACGGGCUUCGCGAGAUCUAUGGCUCGGACCACCUGCCUGGAGGCGCCGAUCAUCAUCAGCCUGUGCACUGCUGCGUCGCUCGCCAUGGGACGGUUUGUGUUCCUUCCUUUCCAGAGAGAGCAGAUUGCCAAGGCCGGGUUGCCGCUCCAAAACGGUGUAAGUCACUACGAGGCCGGAGACACCCGGGCUCAGGAGUUUGUGAGCUUGCUCAAGACGAACGAUCCCGCUGGCUUUAACAUCGUCGAUGUGCUCUCCUGGGGAUCCAUUGGUCAUAUUAUUGCCUACUGGAUCCUGGCAACUUCAAGCAAUGGUUAUGAUCCUCAAUUCUAGAGAGAACUGAAGUAUAUAAACUCACCGAACUUCAAUGGAAAAUCGAGGAGUGUUUCUUGUGUAUACAGCUCCUGGAAAUCCCUUCUCCCGAGUUCUUGUUUCAUACAGUUCUUCAGGAGCUGCAAGAACGAAAGAAAAAAAAAACAUAUUUUUACCACGUAAUGUAAAUAUGAUCGUGCAAUA